CGCAUCGCGACAGGCACCAUCCAGCUCCUCUGCCACGUCAAACCAGGUGCCAGUGCGCGUCGAGAAGGUAUCACCGCCGUGACCGACGAGAUCAUUGACGUCUGCGUCGCAGCCCAAGCAAGAGAUGGAGAAGCCAACACCGCAGUGAGAACUGUCAUCGCAAAGACACUGAAAGUACCAAAGUCAAAUGUCGAAAUUGCGAAAGGCAUGAAGAGCCGUGAGAAGACGGUCGCAAUC